AUGGCGCCGAUCAAACCACAGAAGAGGCCAACAGUUGGCAAGAAGUCCAAAAAGGGAGCUGGAUGGAAGUUCACCUUGGACCUGACUCACCCGGUGGAGGACGGGAUCCUCGACUCUGCAAACUUUGAAACCUUCCUCAAAGAGAGGAUUAAGGUCAACGGGAAGACGGGAAACCUCGGGAACAUCGUCCAGGUCGGCCGCAUGAAGAACAAGAUCAACGUCUCCUCUGAGAAGCAGUUCUCUAAAAGGUAUCUGAAGUAUCUGACGAAGAAGUACCUGAAGAAGAACAACCUCCGUGAUUGGCUGAGAGUUGUUGCCUCCGAUAAGGAAACGUACGAGCUGCGUUACUUCCAGAUCAGUCAGGACGACGAGGAGUCCGAGACAGACGAGUAAACAGCUGUCUGUGUGUCAGCAGCUGGAGAAUAAAAGUGGAGAAAAA